GGUGGUCAUCCAUUCCCCCAUUGAUCUUGCAAAAGCAAACAAAAUAUAUCAUUGAUUCUGAAUAGAAUAUAUAAUAUAUUUGGACUUCUCUCAAAAAAAUAUUUGUACUUUGGUCAUAAAUUGACUUAGAUAAAAACGUUGCAUGCAAAUACUUUCCGGCGUAAGAGUUGAAUCAUUAAGUUAACAAUGCUGGACGUGUCCCCAUCUCCGGCGACGGGUAACUUAAGAUGAAAUCAGAGUGCGUGGCAAAGAGCUGACGGAAAGAGUUCCAAUGGGGUGCACCGACGGGUUCCCGGACUUUACCGGCGACAACUACAUGCUGGACAGCCUCGACUUCGACGACCUCUUCAUGGUGAUAAACGACGGUGAACUGGUGCUGCCAGAUUUGAAGACGGAUCCGGCGGCACUGCUCUCAGUCGCCGACCAGACGAAGGAUGAUGAAAGCGCCACCGCCACCAGUACAUUUGUGUUUGGUGAUGUGGCGGUGGAAGCUACAACGUUGACCAGGACGCCAGAAGCUAAUACGAAGAAUGUUUUGGGUCCGUCCAGUUCUGGUUCGGACCUUGGGUCGGGCCUCACAAGCUUGAACCUAGGAGAAGAAACAAUGUCGAAGUGUGCGCAUAGGAAGAAGUCCUUGGCGCAACCGAAGAACAGCUCACAAGGAAAGAGGAAAGUUAAGGUGGAUUGGACGCCAGAGCUGCACAAAAGGUUUGUGCAGUCGGUGGAGAAGCUAGGUUUGGAUAAGGCAGUCCCUUCAAGGAUUUUGGAGCACAUGGGGGUUCAAUGUCUCACUCGUCAUAACAUUGCCAGUCAUCUUCAAAAGUAUAGAUCCCACAAUAAACAUUUGCAAGCGAGGGAAGCGCAUCUAACGAGGAAGUGGAACCGAAUGCCGAAAAUGGGAAGGGCGGGAGGGAAAAGAGGAAUAAAACCUUCGUGGGUUUCACCACCAGUGGGCUUCUUCCCUCCCCAAACGCCACAUGUCAGCCCUUUGCAUGUGUGGGGUCAUCCAUUUCUUAGCCAAUCACUAGGGCACAUGUGGCUUAACCAUUUAGUAGCUCUUUCUUGGUCUGCUCCGGCGGCAUGGUCAUUCGCGGCGACUCCGCCACCACCACAAACUGACUUUUCCUUUUGGCAUUCCUACAACAACGAAUGUCGACGUGGAGCUGCUGUAGUAUCCGGCACUGACCAUCUACCCAUGUAUGGAUUACACCCCAGCUGCGUUGGUGUCCCCGCUGCCCAAACUAUUCCUACGCCCCCACUAGACUCUCACCCGGCCAAGGAGAUGAUAGACACAGCUAUUGGAGAUGUUUUAUCAAAACCAUGGCUGCCACUUCCAGUAGGGUUGAAACCUCCAUCCAUAGAUUCCAUUAUGAAGGAGUUGCAGCGCCAUGGAAUAUCUAUGGUGCCCACCCCGCGCUGCCGCCGUGUUUGAUCAUCGGAUGAUUACUGUGCGGGCGCUCGAACUUUUUUUGAGGUUUUUUCUGGCCAAAGAAAUUGAAAAAGCCUUCCAAUUUGACGACAUUUCAUACCCUUUAAUUAGAUGAAGUUGAAAUGCAGUUUUUGCCCCACUUUAUUUAGCUUCUCCUAAUUUUUGCCAUGUUCUUGUUCAUGCAUGCAUGUGCAAGAACAUUGUUAACAAUGGGGUUGUAUCGCUUGGUAUUUAUCUCACUGUCUUUGUGUUAUUAACUCGAUCCGAUCAGCUACGUACUAUAUUCUCUAAUAAAAUCUUGUAAAUGUUUUUCCGUCA